CCUCAAUUUCAUUUUCAAACGAUGAUUAUUCGUCCAUGAAGAAAACAUUCCUCAGACAACCUCCCGCCCACAAACCCUAAUUUCCUCCCGCUCUAGCUGCGUAUCCCCCCGGAAUUGAUCAGCGGCGGAGAUCCCACCUCCCUCGGUCCGCACCAUUCCCCCUGUCGGCAGCCUCAAUUGCCCCCGAAUUCGCCACCGAACCAUCCCCCAAUCCCCAAUUCCGCGCGCUUGAUUCGGGGUCCGCUGUUGCCUCAGCUGCCCGACUGGAAUGGUGUAAUUUGAGCUGUGUCAGCGGAUUGUUGGCGCGAAAGUUGAGUUCUUGCUGCGAGAGUGGAUAGUUCAGUGGGAGGGUGAAGAAGGGCAGUGGGGGGAUUCGCACACGAUCUUUAAUUCAAACGGUUUCCGGUUCCAUGCCUCAGGUUCCGCUUUUCAACUUGUCCCGUCUUGGGCAUUAUGUCUUCAUCUGAUUUGCUGAGCUACUUGUUUGCCGUGGGUGUCUGGUGCACUGUGUUCAUUACAGUAGCUGUCCUCCAGUCAUUCCGCAUCUUUCAGAGUCUCUGCUGAAUCUUCCUUCCCCUCUGUUGAAUUCGCUUCUACCUUGCAUUUUGAUAACACCACCAUGGGCUAUGCACAGCUGGUGAUUGGCCCUGCCGGCAGCGGAAAGUCAACUUACUGCUCUAGCCUCUAUCAACACUGUCAAACAAUUGGGCGGAAUAUACAUAUUAUUAAUCUAGAUCCUGCUGCGGAGAAUUUUGAUUAUCCUGUGGCCACAGAUAUUAGAGAACUCAUUUCCUUGGAUGAUGUCAUGGAGGAAUUAGGGCUAGGCCCAAAUGGUGGCCUUAUUUACUGCAUGGAAUAUCUUGAACAAAACCUGGACGAUUGGUUAACUGAAGAACUGGAAAACUUCUUGGAUGAUGAUUACUUGAUUUUUGACUGUCCAGGUCAGAUAGAAUUGUUCUCGCAUGUACCGGUGCUGAAGAAUUUUGUUGAGCACUUGCAGCGGAAGAACUUCAAUGUCUGUGGUGUAUACUUGCUCGAUUCUCAGUUCAUUACUGAUGUGACCAAAUUCAUAAGUGGGUGCAUGGCCUCUCUCUCUGCAAUGGUCCAACUUGAGCUGCCCCAUGUGAAUAUCUUGUCCAAAAUGGAUCUCGUGAAGAACAAAAGGGAUAUUGAAGACUAUUUGAAUCCAGAGCCUCGAAUUCUCCUGUCAGAGUUGAACCUACGAAUGGCUCCUCAGUUUGAGAAGUUAAAUAAAGCUUUGGCUGAACUGGUGGAUGAGUAUAGCAUGGUCAGUUUUGUGCCUCUCGAUCUGAAGAAAAACAGCAGCAUACAAUAUGUCUUGUCUCAGAUUGACAGCUGCAUUCAGUACGGAGAAGACGCAGAUGUGAAGGUCAAGGAUUUCGAUCCUGAUGAUCCGGACCAUGAUUCUGACUAAUUUACCUUGAAGGCUCUGGCAAUGUUCCAUUUAACUUUCCCGGUUCCUGCCCAAGAGUCACAUUUCAUCUCAUGUGCAAAACAGAGUGCAGAUGAGUGAACAAACACAAACCGUGUCACAUUGUGUAGAUAAUAUAUGCUAUGAGAUGCAACGACUUCGUGUUUUCGGGCAAUCUGUGAUAAUUGCAUGUUUGUUUGAUUACAUGAAACUGCUUUAUGAACCA